AUGUGCUACCAACUCGUCGAGCUGUUCUCGGCCUGCAAGUGCCUGUACUACCAGCACGCAGUUGACCGCUGUGCCUCCCACUCGUCCCACGGCGGCCACAACUCCUACUCGGACUCGGGCUACUACAGCGGCUCCUCCUCACAUCACCACAAGAGCUCCCGCCGCCACCACCGGUGA